GGCCCCAAGGUGUCUCCAGGGGGCCCGGGCCCCCGCGACGCUGAGCUGGGGCUGUCCCCGGCACGCCUCUCCAAGGAGGAGCUGAUCCAGAGCAUGGACCGUGUAGAUCGUGAGAUCGCCAUGGUGGAGCAACAGAUUGGCAAACUGCGGAAAAAACAGCAACAACUGGAGGAGGAGGCGGCAAAGCCCCCAGAGCCGGUGCCCCCGGUGUCGCCACCACCGAGCGAGGCCAAGCACCGUAGUGUUGUGCAGAUUAUCUACGAUGAGAACAGGAAGAAAGCUGAGGCUGCACAUCGCACCCUGGAGGGUCUGGGGCCCCUGGUAGAGCUGCCGUUAUAUAACCAGCCCUCGGACACCAAGCAAUACCACCAGAAUAUCCAGAUAAACCAGGUGAUGAGGAGGAAACUGAUCUUGUAUUUCAAACGCCGGAAUCACGUGCGGAAGCAGUGGGAGCAGAAGGUGUGCCAGCGCUAUGACGAGCUGAUGGAGGAGUGGGAGAAGAAGGUGGAUCGGAUCGAGAGCAACCCGCGGCGACGGGCCCGAGAGAGCAAAGUACGGGAUUAUUACGAGCGGCAAUUCCCAGAGAUCCGCAAGCAACGGGAGCUGCAGGAGCGCGUGCAGAGCAGAGUAGGUCAGAGGGGCUGUAACCUUCCCGCCACCGUGGCGCGGAGCGAGCACGAGAUGUCUGAGAUAAUCGACGGUCUGUCCGAACAAGAGAACACAGAGCGGCAGAUGCGGCAACUGUCGGUGGUGCCGCCCAUGCUGUACGACGCCGAGCAGCGGAGAAUCCGCUUCAUCAACAUGAACGGGCUCCUAGAGGAUCCCAUGAAGGUGUACAAGGAGCGGCAGCUCGCCAACGUUUGGAGCCAGCAAGAGAAGGACAUCUUCCGCGAGAAGUUUAUCCAGCACCCCAAGACAUUUGGCCACAUCAAUACCUUCCUGGAGCGCAAGACGGUGGCAGACUGCGUGCUGCACUAUUAUCUUUCCAAGAAGAGCGAGAACUUCAAGAAUCUGGUCAGACGCAACUACCGGCGCCGCGGCAGGAACCAGGUGAGCGCAGGCGGCAACCGCUGGCAACAUCUGGCGGAGGGGGGCUGGAAACGCGAGGGGUCCAGGCGUGAGCAGCAGGUGUCACGGCCACACCAGGAGGAGAAGGAGGAGAGAGAGAAGGAUGUGAAGGAGGAGGAACGAGAGGACAGGGAGGACGAGACCGAGAAAUGCAAGGAGGAGUUUCUCAGGGAGAAGGAGAGGAACGGCGAGACGUCAGGCGAGGAGACGGAGGAGCGAGAGCCGGUGGCCGCGAGGGGCCGGAAAACCGCCAACAGCCAGGGCCGGCGGAAAGGCCGCAUCACCCGCUCCAUGGCCAGCGAGGCUCAGGAGGAGAGCGCCGCCCCACAGCCUCCCCCUGAGCCACCCUAUUCGGAGCCUGUGGAGAGCUCGCGAUGGACAGAGGAAGAAAUGGAAGUUGCUAAAAAAGGGCUGGUCCAGCAUGGCCGGAACUGGCUGGCCAUCGCCCGCAUGGUGGGCUCCAAGACGGAGGCUCAGUGUAAGAACUUCUACUUCAACUACAAGCGGCGGCAGAACCUGGACAUGUUACUACAGCAACACAAGCUGCACUCGGAGGCGGAGACGCCGACGAAGAGGAAGAGGAAGGGCGAGGAGAACGCCAGCACCUCCGCUGCUGAGGACGAGGAGAUGGAGGGGUCUGGGGCGAGUGGCAACGAGGAGGAGCUGACGGAGGCAGGCAACAGCUCUGAUACGGAGAGCGCCCCCUCCCCCACGCUGGGAGCGAACAGAACCAAAGAGCCGCGGGCCGGCGGCGGGGGGGUCAAGCGGGAGGAUCCCCCCACCUCGGCCACGGAGGAGCCGGCAGCCGACACGGCUGAGCCGGGCCGUGGUGAGAUUGCCGAGAGCGACCCGCCGCCGGACAUCACAGUGAAGACCGAGGCCGUGCCUGACAGACCCUGCCCUGUGCCGGGGGCUGAGCCGGGGGAGGGGCAGGCCAGCCGCACCCCCAAGCUGGAGAGAGAGGAGGGACCACGCAGCCUCGUUCCUAACCCAGACGGUGACUCCAGUGCCACCUGCAGUGCCGAUGAGGUGGAGGAUCCCGAGCCCUCCCACCAGCACAGGAUGGCCUCUCCGCUCUGCAGGCUGCUGGAUGGGCCCCAGGACGGGGUGAGACUCCCUACAUCCAUGUUGUCGCUGGACAUGAAACAGCUGAAGGAGAGAGCGGCUCACAUCCCCCCCACAGUGUGUGAACUGUACAGCGAGGGCCUGAAACAUCGCGGCCCUUACCGGGAGGACAAGAGUCGUCUCAAGCCGCAGCUGCUGCCGAUGGGGGAGAGUCACCGGCUUGGCAGCCAGAGCCCACUCAACCUGGAGAGGGAGCCAGCCGACAAAGGCUCACCGUUUUGCACAAACCUCGGGGGCAAGAAACACGGCAAUGAGCUUGAUCUCCGGAUGUGUGAUUCGUACGGACAGAUGCCCCUGUACCAUCUGCCGGCCGGUGACCCCGGCAAUGCCUGCUCCCAGACCGACUUCUCGACGGUCCAGUUUUCAGGUUAUCCGGCUCUCAAUCACCAUCACCACCACCUUGCGGCCAACGUCUCCGAAGGCAACCGGAUGAUCAGCCGCCUGGCACGCUCUCCGUACGUCCCAGACCCACCACCGCUCGUCUCCACCAGCAAACACCAUGGUGGGGCCGAACGCCACAGUGGCUCCAUCACUCAGGGAACGCCGGUCCCACUGCUGACAGCUCCCGGUUACGGUGCGGAGCCGGCAAGGAGCCACCAGGUGACCGUGGCCCCCUCACUGCACUGGUCCCUCGACCCCAACAAGUACACGCCUUUCCCCAUUAAACAGGAGCAGCUGUCCCCGCGGGGGCACAGCUGUCAGAGCGAACAUCUGGUGGCAGCGGCCGGUCCCGAGGGCAUCACAGGCAGAGGCUCAGCACUCUGUCUGGUGCAGGGCGGCAGCAUCACCAAGGGGACCCCGGGCACCAGGAUUGCCUCAGAGCUGCCGGCCUCCUACCGGGGCUCCAUCACUCAGGGAACGCCGGCCGAGGUGCUGUACAAGGGGACGAUCCUGAUGAUGGCGGACGGCAGCGGGCGAGGCGAGCAGGCCAAAGGCCACGUCAUCUAUGAGGGGAAGAGCGGGCACGUUCUCUCCUACGACGGAGCCACGCUGCAGAACGCCAAAGAGGAGCGGAGAGGUGGCGGCGGGCACGGGGGCCAUGAGCUGGCGGGGGUGAAGCGCGGGUACGAGCUGAUGGAGGGCGGCAUCCCCCGGGGAUUGUGUGGCCGGGAUGUCCUCACUGCAGGUUACGAAGGGCUGAUGGGACGAGCGAUGCCCGAAGAACGCAUGAGCCACCACGAAGCCAAGGACAGUGCUCAGCUACAGGGCUCCAUCACACAAGGUAUCCCCCGUGCUCACCUGGAGGCCCACGAGGAGUACCUGAGAAGGGAUGCCAAGCAGAUCAAGCGGGAGAGCACCCCUCCCCACGGCCCGUGCGAGGGUCUGAAGCCGAGGCCUCGGGACAGCUUGAUCGCCACGGCCAAAGGCCCAGGUGAGGGCCUGGUCUCGGGCCUGGUCACCACCGUCAAGGAAGCCGGACGCUCCAUCCACGAGAUCCCGAGGGAGGACGCCCAGAGAACGCCGGAAACUUCCGUCAUCUCCAAGGCCCCCUCCGAAGGCUCCAUCACUCAGGGAACUCCAAUGAAGUGCGAGAGCGUGGCCGUGGGCGGGAGACGUCACGACGUGCGCUCUCUGCUGGGCAGUCCCGGCCGGGCGAUGCCCCCCGUCCACCAGCUGGAGGUGCUGUGUGAGGGGGGCCGGGGGCCGGAGCGGGGUCUCUACACCCACAGCCCCAAGAGCCGGCAGAGCCCCAUCGUCAGCACAGCCUCCGCCAUGGCCAGAGCCGCCGCCAGCCUGGGCCACGAUCCCGGCAAAGCCCAGAGCAGCCCCCGGACGUAUGAGGAUUACCAGGCGGCUCACCGCGGGGCAAUGCACUACACCAGCCCCUUCCACAUCGGCUCCCCCGGCAAUGCCAGCCGGCAACCGGCCUCCAGGCAGCAAGAAGGGAAAGUGCUGUGCCAGGAGCGAAAGGGAACACCCACCCCCAGGGACCUGUCUGCCGCCAAAUCUCCUCACCGGCCGGCGCCAGACCAUCCCCCCCACAACCCUUACGAACACCUGCUGGGACGCAUCAGCGCCGCCGAUUUGUACCGCGGACACAUCCCACUGCCUUUCGACCCAUCCGCCAUGUCUAGGGGCAUGACACUGGAGCCAGCCUAUUACCUGCCCCGGCACUUGGCUCCGGCUCCCGGGUACCAUCACCCUUACCCUCCCUACCUGCUGCGCAGCUGCCCUGAGGCGGCAGCGAUGGAGAACCGGCAGACCCUCCUCAACGAUUACAUCACGUCGCAGCAGAUGCACCAGGCGGCAGCGGCGGCCGUGGCCCAGCGUGUGGAGCUGCUCCGUGGCCUCUCCCCCCGCGACCAGGCCCUGGCCCUCAGCUACUCUGCCAACCCCCGAGGGAUUAUUGACCUGUCUCAGGUGCCACAUUUACCAGUCUUGGUGCAGGCCCCGCCUGGCACUGCCCCUUCGCAUAUGGACCGCAUCACCUACAUUCCCAGCGCCCCUCCGCAUUUCCCUCCCGGCUCCUACACCAGCUCCCCACUGUCUCCAGGUGCUCUGUCACACAUGAGCAAAGUGCAGUGUGGGGAGAGGGAGCGAGGCAUACCUUCAGGGCUGAUCGGCAAUGAGCAGCCGGCAAUAUGGAGACCUGGCUCCGAGAGUAGCCGGUCCUCGGCACAUUCCAGCCACCAGCAUUCACCGGCCUCCCCCCGGGGCCCAGCCAAUGCCCAGCAGCGCCCCAGCGUCCUACACAACACGGGGGCCAGGAGCCUGGGCACAACCAUGGACACCAACACCUCCGUGCUCAGAAGGCAUCCGGUGUCCUCACCGUCGCCGGGACGAUCGCCUCGGCCGCUGGCGGCCCAGCCGGAGCUGGGGCUGGGCGGCCACAAGGAGGCCCCGAGGGGGAGAGAGAGCAGGCCGGAGCGGCACGGCAUGGCGCCGGGCAAGCCUCAGGAGCACGUGUGGCUGCAGGCGGGCGGCGGUGGGGAGGGGGGGCUGGGGCCAGUGUCGGGGAUGUUCCACACCGCGCCGGUGCUGCAGUACGCCGAGCUGCCCCCGACCGCUGCCCCUGAGCUCCCGGGGAAGGACAAAACCACGAGCAAAGCCUACUCGCUGCCGGUGCAGGAGCUGCGUGCCGGGGGCCGCACCACCAUGACCGCGGCCAGCUUCAUCGACGCCAUUAUCAUGCGACAGAUUUCCUGUGACGAGGCUAAGCGAGAGAGAGAGCGCGGCUCCCUCAGCACCGACUCCGCCAGCGACGGUCCUCCCAGCGGCUAUAACUCGAACAGCUCUGAUGGCAUCGAGACCAUCAGCCCCGCAGGCUCCCCUCGGCCUCACCAGGAGAAAGAGAGGGGGAGGGGGUCCAACCCGGCACACGAUCCCGACAAAGCCGGGCUCCAGGACGACGGCAGGCUGGGAUCACAGACUCUACACAAGGCGAGUGUGCCGGAGGGACACCUGGCGGCAGGUGGGGGCGAGGGCCGGUACGCACACAGCCCAGCCCUGACACCCCCGUUUCCCAAAGGCCAUCAGAGGGUGGUGACACUGGGCCAGCAUAUCAAUGAGGUGAUCACCCAGGAUUAUACCCGCAACCACCCCCACGUGUCCUGCCCUUCGCUCCAGCAGCCAGAGUACGGCCUGCCUCAGGGGGCAAUACAUGGUGGCACCAGGCCUCCCAGAUCGCCAGCUGGGUUAUCAGACGGUGAUAUGGAGCCAAUCUCACCCCCACAGGACACCGGUGCUCACCUGCUCAGCCGGGACAGUGACUCCGACCAGAGGUUGGAACCCCAGUCCCCGGGCAGCAGUGCUCACCCUCCCGCCUUCUUCAGCAAACUGACAGAGAGCAACUCGGCUAUGGUCAAGUUCAAGAAACAGGAGAUCAUCAAGACGCUGAGCUCAGUCAGUGGAGCAGACCACGAGCUCAACAUCAGCCAGCCCGGGACUGAAAUCUUCAACAUGCCCGCCCACACUUCAGCAGGGUCAGUCAGUUGUAGAGGCCAGUCGAUGGCAGAUCAGUCCGGGAACAGCAUGGGUUUGGAGGACAUAAUUAGGAAAGCCUUAAUGGGCAAAUACGAUGACCGUGGGCAAGAGCGUACGUCCCUCAGUUUGCCUGCUAUUAACCCACUGGCUGAGCCUCCCAGCCCGCUUUCUGCUGCCGUUGGAGAACAGAGUGAAGACUUUCGCCCCUUGCCCUCAACAGGUGGGGGCAAGGCCAAGCUGUCAUCGCGGGGAAACGGCAGGAAAGCCAAGUCUCCGGGCCCCGGCACCGGCCCCCUGCACUGCGAGAGGCCGGCUUCAGUCUCCUCCGUCCAUUCCGAAGGCGACUGUAAUAGGAGGACCCCGCUCAACAAGAGGGUCUGGGAGGACAGGCCAUCAUCCACAGGCUCAGCACCGUUCCCAUACAACGCGCUGACGAUGAGAUUGACGACGGGCAUGGUGACGGGCUCGCCCCUCCCCCACGCCGGCACAGCGACCCAGCCCCGUGCGUGGGAGCGGGAGCGAGAGCCACAGCCUCUGCUGUGUUCCCAGUACGAGACGCUUUCCGACAGCGAGUGACCAGGAACAAGGGGACGCCCACCCCCCCCCCCCCACCCAGACCCUCUCUCCAGGGACCCUGGCACAUGGCUCGUGACGGCUGCAGCCCUCACCACCUCUCCCGGGGAUUUGGGGGAUUCUCUGAUGCACUAACAGAAAUGCCCCCGCUCCCCCCCCUCAAUAAUCACCUGCCCACUUCCCUCCUCACCUGUAUUGUUGAAGCCUUCGUCACUGUUCAGAAGAUCGAACCCACUCCCCUCCUCCCUUCUGACAUUACAGACCCCCCCCACCCCAAUCCU